AUGGAGAGCACCCAAAGCCAGGGAGGGAGGAGGGAGGGACCCGGUCCAAGCCUAGCUUGCGCACCCAGCCAGCGCUGACGGUGCCUGUGCCAAGAGCCGGCUUCCUUAAAGCCAUGGGCCCAGGGGCCUGCCCUGCAGGCAGAGGGGAGCCGGCAAGCAGGGGCUGGGAAGCGAAGAGGGGAGCCUUCGGCCUCCGGGGUCACCAUGGACAUAACCUACCUGCGCACAUCCCUGACCUUCCUUUUUCUCCCUCUUCUUGUGUUUGGGGCACCUGCUGAUGAACCCAACCUCACAGAACCAGGUCCUGGUGCUUGCAAGCGCUGUUGUGACUCACUGGACUCUUCCACAGAUACCCCACCAGUCGCUCCCAGGCACCACCACUUUCCCUACCCAGUGCCAGAGGUUCGUCCCUAUAUCAACAUCACCAUUCUGAAGGGAGAGAAAGGAGACCGGGGAGAACCUGGGAUGCCAGGGAAAUGGGGCAAAGAAGGACCAAGAGGCGAGCGGGGUGCCCAGGGCCAGAAAGGCAGUAAAGGACAGAUGGGCACAGCGGGAGACCCCUGCAAGCACCAGUAUGCUGCAUUCUCCGUCGGUCGCAAGAAAGCACUGCACAGCAGUGAGGGCUUCCAGGUCUUGAUCUUUGACACCGUGUUCGUCAACCUCUACAGCCACUUCGACAUGUUCAAUGGCAAGUUCUACUGCUCAGUGGGUGGACUUUACUAUUUCAGCCUCAAUGUCCACACCUGGAACUUCAAGGAGACCUACAUGCACAUCAUGCACAAUGAAGAAGAGGCGGUCAUCCUGUAUGCCCAACCCAGCGACCGCAGCAUCAUGCAGAGCCAGAGCCUCAUGCUGGAGCUCCAGGAAAAUGAUGAGAUCUGGGUGAGGCUCUACAAACGGGAGCGGGAGAAUGCCAUUUACAGUGAUGAUGUUGAUGUGUACAUCACCUUCAGUGGGUAUUUGGUCAAGCCCAGCAUUGAAUAACUGCCUCUCCUCUUCCUUGGAGCCUCCUAGGCCUUUUCCUUUUUCUUCUCUCUCUCUCUCUCUCUCUCUCUCUUUACUGCCCAUAAUCACUGCAAAUCACUUGGAAAUGGGCCUGUCAAAUCUCAGGCACUGAGUGUGAAACUUGCCACACUGGCUCCCACCUGAUGCUCUCUUGUAGCCAGACCUGUAUCUGUCCACUUUACAUCAAGGCACUACCACCUCUUGCCCCUCACCUCAUAACCCCAACUUAGGUUAUUGGGUGCUUCUCAGUCUGCCAGCAAGCUGCCUCUGGCAUUUAGGGUUCUAGAGCAAGAGGAAAGCUAAAAUGCUGCUUCUGGGCCUGUGUCCCUCCUUGGGGCUUCAUGCACAAAGGACUCCUGUGGAAAGGGCUAGAAAGUCCCCACUGCCAAGGUACAUCCUGGCUUCUCACCAUCCUAACUAGACAUACCAGUUUUGCAGCCUGAAACAAGGUCUUAAUGCUACCUCUGAUAUCUGUAGUCUAGAGAGCAGACUGGGGUCUAAUGGUCUCCCGUAGCACAAGGAAGAUGUAGGAGCACCGAGAGAGGGUAUUGUCUUUCCGAAAUGGGAACUGUUGGCCUUCUAAACUGCCUUUCCAUAGACACCCUUCUGUGUCACAGAAUCCAGGCUGGCUAUCAAAUCUAGCCUGGUGCGAUUGUCCUCCUCUGUGCCAGCUCUAGCUCUUCAAAGAGAUGAAGGACCAGACACCUGGCCAGACCCCUCAUGGGAAUCUGCCCAUGAUUCAGUAGAGGUGACCAUUCUGUUCCCACUAGGGAUCACCAGUACAGAGUGAGAGAGAGAAAAAACCUUGAAAACCCCCUCCCACUCCUCCCCAGGGGUGCUACUCAGUCUUGGCUCAUCAGCUAUGGGAAGCCAGCCCAGAGAGCAGACCUGAACCUGCUCUCCUUUGGCAGAGAUGCCAUUUCAUUGUCCUCCUGAAGGUGGUUCUUCCACGCUGGUAUUGAUGGACCUAUUUCAGGGCUGUAGAGGAAAUCGCAGUUCAGUCAAUUCCAAACCUGGACAGGCUGCCACUUCUUUGCCUCUGUGAUGGAACAGUGAUAGAGGUGAGACUACAGCACUUUGCCCAAGGGUUAAAAGCUUCCCUGCCAUAUGCUCCAUGCCUUUUCUGGCAAUCUCAUCAGAGUAACUGAGCAAAGCAUGUGGCUAAAACAAACCCUCACCCUUUUUGUCAGGUUGGAGAUGUCAUAGUGAGAAAGGAGGGCCAGUGGUAGGGUUUUCUAGUACUACUUAUAUUGGUCUCACACUGCUCCCACUUGCAUCUCUCUGGAGGGGAUUCUGCAGUCCCAGGGGAGCAGGUGAGGCUGGCUCAGCCCUUUAGGAAGCCUACUUCCACAUGUCGUGAUGCUCCCAUAAACAGCAGUGCCAAGACUUGUCUCUUUUUUGGGUCUCAGGGCAGGACAAGCAGGAGAAACACAGAUAUUUCUCCUCUGCUCAUCACUGAUCAUGAAAUCGUUGGACUUACCCAAGUUCUGCUGUCUCAUGAUGAGCCAUGGUCUCUGCCUCUAGCACGUGGGACUACCAAGGCUCUCCCAGAAGAAAUGUGCAUCAUUAUGCAAGAUUAGGUCUGGUGCACACAGCCCAGGAUAGCAAAGGAAGAGGGACCGAGGCUAAACAUUAAAACAGACCGUGAAAAAACUGCAGGGCAUUUUCUCUCUUAUCCUGUUUACUUAUUCUCCAUACUUUUCUAAGGAAGCUGUAGAGACCGUAGUGAGUUUCAGGAAAUUUGCUCUGGAUCCUCCCCACCACUGUCAGUGAGGCAAUGGGUAUAAAAAGGUUUCACUAGGGCAAGGCUGAUUAUUUCACAGGGAAACAUGAUGAAGGGAUCAUGGAAACAAAGGGAGACAUAGCAGAGGAAGCAGAAAGGUGGUGCUCGGGACUGAAUCCCUUUCUCUCUUUCUUGACAGCCUGCAAACCCAGAAAUAGUCUGUUUACAGUGUAUGGUGCCUCAUGCCUGCCUGAAGAGAAGCAAGCCUCUCUAACACUGAAUAUCUCCAUAAACAAGCUUCCUUCUUUCUCCUUUCCUAUUUGGUGAUUGAAUGGUGGUGACAGGUGGUGCUGGUGCUGGUGCUACCCAUGAGCAGCCAGAGGGUGCCUGAUGCACGUGAGAGAGGAGGGAAGGGGGACCAAAGGGUGUGUUUAACAGGCUUCUGGUGCUAAACAAGAUGGCAUUCCCUUGGUGCUAAAUCAGAUUUCAGGAGUAUUGGGUGCUUUCUGGAAAGUGUAGUAGGCUGAGUUGUGAUGUACUCUGGAAUUAAUGGUGCUUUAUGUAACAAAACCAAACAGACUCCAAGAACUUUUGUAUAUAUAUAUAUUAUUUUUUCAGCGGUAUUAAACUUUUUUCUUUGGUUGUUUUGCACUUAAACCUGUUUUUGUCUCCCAGCCUAUUAAUUCU